UUCCCGAUGGUCAUCGUUUCUGAUAGCUCCAGGAUUUCCAGGGCAGAGGCUCGGUCUCUGCUUAUGGUAAUCUAGCCCGGGUUCCCCCUCAGGUCAGAGCAGCGUAGGGCGGGGCCAAGGUUGACUCCUACUGGGAGGAGCCGGGAUGCCGCUCCCGCGGUGGUGAUGCAGAGAGGAAUUUGCUGACAGUCCCUUGCCAGGUGGAGCAGGCUUCACAAGGCCGCGAAAAAGGAGGAGGACCCGCCGGCUGUCUUCUCUCAGAGCUUUGAAGGAACCGCUUUUGUGGUCAGGAACUGGCGAGACACCGCGGGGUCACCUGGAAGCACCUCUUCCCAGGGACUGAUCGAGAACAGGAAGGCCUUGGAACCUAGCCUUUCAGCCUGAGCUCUCAUCAACACCCGCUGUCCUAGAGUGGGGAGCCUUCCCUGAGUCUGAGACCUUCCACCAGACCGGGAGCCUGAGUGUGCCCAGGAUGUCUUCCUCUUUAGAGGAAUUGAGCACAAAGCCCCACAACAUGACGGUGAACGAGUGUUUCCAGUCUCGGAGCACUGUCCUCCAGGGGCAGCCCUUUGGGGGGAUCCCCACUGUACUCGUACUUAACCUCAUCUUAUGGGUGUUUGUUGUCCUGCUUUAUUCCUUCCUCCGGAAAGCCGCGUGGGACUACGGGCGCCUGGCUCUGCUGAUACACAAUGACAGCCUGACCUCGCUGAUCUAUGGGGAACAAAGUGAGAAGUCAUCUCCCUCCGAGAUUUCCUUGGAAGUGGAACGUCGGGACAAGGGCUUCUGUUCCUGGUUCUUCAACAGCCUAACCAUGAAGGACCGGGACCUGAUCAGCAAGUGUGGCGAUGAUGCGCGCAUCUACAUCAUGUUCCAGUAUCACCUCAUCAUCUAUGUGCUCAUCCUCUGCAUCCCCUCCCUGGGCAUCAUUUUGCCUAUUAACUACAUUGGGAAUUUUCUGGACUGGAAUAGCCACUUUGGUCGGACCACCAUUGUUAAUGUCUCCACAGAGAGUAAACUCCUGUGGCUGCACAGUCUCUUCGCGUUCCUGUACUUCCUCAUCAACUUUGCCCUCAUGGGCCAUCACUGCUUGGGGUUUGUGCCCAAGAAGAACCUCAAGAUCACGAGGACACUGAUGAUCACCUAUGUCCCCACGGAAAUCCAGGAUCCAGAGGUCAUCAGCAAACACUUCCAUGAGGCCUAUCCUGGGUGCGUGGUGACCAGAGUCCACUUCUGCUAUGAUGUCAGGAACCUGAUUGACCUGGACGAUCAAAGGCGCCAUGCCAUGCGGGGCAGGCUGUACUACACAGCCAAGGCUAAGAAGACUGGGAAGGUGAUGAUCAAGAUUCACCCAUGCUCCCGUCUGUGUUUCUGCAAGUGCUGGACCUGCUUCAAAGAGGUAGAUGCGGAGCAGUACUACAGUGAGCUGGAGGAACAGCUGACCGACGAGUUCAAUGCGGAGCUCAAUCGUGUCCGGCUGAAGAGACUUGACCUGAUCUUUGUCACCUUCCAGGAUGCCAAGACCGUGAGCCGCAUCCGUGAGGAUUACAAGUACAUCUGCUGUGGCAUGCACCCCAAGCAGUCCUCAGUAACGACCAUCGUUAAAAACUACCACUGGAGGGUCGCUCAUGCCCCACACCCCAAAGACAUCAUCUGGAAACACCUAUCCAUCCGCCGCUUCAAUUGGUGGACUCGCUUUAUCGCAAUCAACACCUUCCUCUUCUUCCUGUUCUUCUUCCUCACCACGCCCGCCAUCAUCAUCAACACCAUCGACAUGUACAACGUCACCCGCCCCAUCGAGAAUUUGCAGAGCCCUGUCGUGACCCAGUUCUUCCCCUCUGUCAUGCUCUGGGCCUUCACGGUGAUAAUGCCUCUGAUGGUCUACUUCUCUGCCUUCCUAGAGGCCCACUGGACCAGGUCAAGUCAGAAUAUCAUCAUCGUGCACAAAUGCUACAUCUUCCUGGUGUUUAUGGUGGUCAUUCUGCCCUCCAUGGGGCUGACCAGUUUGAACGUGUUUUUGCGCUGGCUCUUUGACAUCUACUAUCUUGAACAUGCGACCAUCAGGUUUCAGUGCGUGUUCCUCCCAGACAAUGGUGCAUUCUUUGUCAACUACGUGAUCACGGCUGCUCUGCUCGGGACAGGCAUGGAGCUGAUGCGCCUGGGGUCACUCUGCACGUAUUGUACCCGCCUCUUCUUUUCCAGAUCAGAGCCAGAGAGAGUCCACAUCAGAAAGAACCAGGCCAUGGAUUUCCAGUUUGGGCGAGAAUAUGCGUGGAUGCUGAACGUCUUCAGCGUGGUGAUGGCGUAUAGCAUCACUUGUCCUAUAAUUGUCCCUUUUGGGCUGCUGUAUUUGUGCAUGAAGCAUGUCACAGACCGCUAUAACAUGUACUACUCCUAUGCGCCCACCAAACUGAACGAGCAGAUCCACAUGGCCGCUGUCUACCAGGCCAUUUUCGCACCGCUUUUGGGGCUCUUCUGGAUGCUCUUCUUCUCCAUCCUGCGAGUAGGUCCACUGCACACCAUCACGUUCUUCUCCUUGUCAUCCCUCAUCAUCUCCGUGAUAAUUGCCUUCUCUGGGAUCUUUCUGGGGAAGCUCCGGGUUGUCCGUGAGUAUGAGCCUGAGGAAGAAGCUGAGACUGUGUUUGAUGUGGAGCCAAGCAGCACGACCUCCACACCCACCUCCCUUCUGUACGUGGCCACCGUGCUACAGGAGCCAGAGUUGAACCUGACCCCCGCCUCCUCCCCAGCCCGGCAUACCUACGGCACCAUGAACAGCCAGCCAGAAGAGGGAGAAGAAGAGAGCAGUCUGAGGGCCUUUGCGAGGGAGCUGGACUCAGCUCGGUUCCAGGAAGGGCUGGAACUGGAGGGUCAGAGCCACUGAUUAGGAUUUCAGUCAGAGGGCCAGGGGAGAGCCUGGUGCGGGGAGACAGGAAGCAGCUCCUGAUGGAGACAGCUGCUAUCCUGUGGCCAGGUGACGAGCCGGGCCUUCCGACCAGCUGGAAAGGGCGGAAUGCUGGGAAUGCUGAGGGCUCUGGGAUGGGGUGGAGGAAGCAUACGCCAUGUUUCUGGGAGUGGAUGCUGUGUUUCCUGCUGGAGUCUAGGGGAUGCACAUAUGCAUAAGGGAAGAGGUAGGGAGGAGCCCACUGAAGGCCUUCUAGGGGCUUCAGCGCCCCCACUCCCGCUGCCCAUCAAGGAUGGUCACUCCACUGCCGUCUGAGCAGGCAAAGGUGCGUGUACUGGGUCUUGUGGACGAGGCCCAGGUGGUCAUCUCAUCACAGGCGUCCCUGCAGAGUAUCUAGAAACUGUACCUCACCCCCUGAGCACGGAGCAACCACAGGACAACCCUGGGAAGAGACGGGGGCCUUCCCUGCUUCUCUGCCCUGCUAUCUGCUUACAAGGGUAGUUACUGCGACAGUGACUCAAGCUCAUUAAAGGAGACCUACGUGCAUGUGGUGAAGGAAACCAUGGCUGAUCCUUGCUGGUUGAUUUAAGGGUGUGUGUGUGUGUGUGUGUGGUGGGGCGUAGAGCUCAGGAAACAGGGUCUUCUUUCCAAAACCGGGUCAUGGAAAUCAGACAUACCUCUCUAAGUCCCAAGGACAAAUGAGAAGAUUCCCCCAAACCUAGAGGUGGCCACCAUGAACAUCCUUUGCCUCAUGGAUUUGAGCGUUGUGCUCCAGCAUGGUCAAGGUUGGUGACAGCUCAACCCCUACCGCCCCUCAGAAGGACCCUUAUUCCUCUCUCAGGCAGCCCUGCCUGACCUUCAGAAGGGUAUAGAGGUUAAGAUGUCACAGAUGUCACCCCAGUCCUGCCAGGGUUAGGUAAAGUAGUAGUGAUGGCUACAUCACAGUGAAGAAACCCUUCUGGUGGGCAAGUUGUUUUCCCAGGUCUGCCUCCAAUUGGAGGAGCAAGCCUCUGCCUCUGCAAUGCUGGCCAACCGCCUGAACCAAGGGGUCUGCAGUCCUUGAGCCUGUGAAGCUCCUCCCCAGAUAUCUGGGUCCCUCUUUGCUGCCCAGUCUCAUUCCACCUCAGUGUCUCCACCCAGGCACAUGGCUGCCCUGAACACAGAUCACUUGGCCCUGCCUCUGCUCCACCUCUGUCACCCCCAGCCCCACAGGUCCAAGCCUCACUCCAGGGCAGAAAUAGUCACUCAAGGGGCAAGUAGUGUCACACGCCAGAGCUUGGCCCCAAACCUUAGCAGGGUGAUCUUUGCUGAGAGCUUGAGUCAGCUGGGUGAGGCUACCUCCAUUCCUUGUCAAGCUUGGAAUAAGUGGGGGAGAGGAGUUACAUACAGCCAGGCCCUUUGUACACGCCAGUGCCCCUGGGAUUUCACCAACCAGGGAAAGAAACUUUUUCAUAGAGUGGUCAGGGCCAAUAUCCAGCUCUGCCCAAAGUGUGGGUUUAUUGGGCAGACCCCAAGGUGUGUAUUUGGUAUGUAGUGAUUUGGAACACAGCCAAAGCCAAAACUGGUGACAGCUCAGGCUGAAACUAAAGGCCUUUUCUCUGGGCUCUGCUUGCCGGCGCCUGCCCCAGAUCCCUGCAGCCCUGUCUGCUGCUGCUGGCCCUCCUUCCUACCCCUCCCACUGCAACCCAUGGAUGCUUCAGGUACAAGGGGUCCUAUAGACAACAGGGCAUAUGGCUGGAGGGUUCCAUCCUCCGAAUUUGGGUCAAAUGCUGCCUGGUUCUGAUACAAGUGUUGGGCAACUAGUAGAUUCCACUCUGCUCUUCCAGGAGCUGUCCACCUGGCUUGACCUUGACUUUGCAAGGUCACCAGAGCCCAGGCUCCUUCAUCUUACCUAUACAGCCCACUUCCAGACCCUCCUCAGCACCUGCUGUCCCAGGCCACUGGUCAUAACCCCACCCUAGCCUCCACCCUCAGUCCAUCCUGAUCCCUUCUGGAGAGAGAGAUGCCUCCCAGGAGACCCAGAUGACACAGCCCCUAGAGGGGACCCUUGCUGGGCUUGGAGUAGCCAGCCUGCCUGUCCCCAAGCUGCCUCUGGAAGCCAAGUGCCUAUCAACAGCAUUGCAUCCUCUGGGGGCCCUAGAGGGCCGUGGACUAACCAUGGCCACUACCACUAAAGGAAUGUGCCAGAAUGCUGAACCUUCUUGUUAUUAAUGUAUGAUUGUGCCUUGAAUAAACAAGUCCUCCU